AAGCAAAAGCAGAGAAGCACGAGAGGUAAACAGACAUAUCAACCGAAUAACAGAAGUGAACAAGUGAGACAGAAUAGCUCUCCCGUAGAAGAGAUAACAUUUUUAAAGAAUAAAAGACCGUAAGAACAAGCUGCAAUGGAGACCAUCAGCGGAGGGAGCCAGCACGAGGAGCCAAGGGGAACCAACGGCAGCAGUGAGACCGACGCCGGGGGAUUUGGCCAGACGGGUGUGGGUGGCACGCCUCAAGGCUUUGCGCGAGUGUCCACCGACCGUGAUGCUGCGUGCUACAACAUGAGCCACAAGCAGCGUGGCCACUGCGUCAUCUUCAACCACCGCCACUUCGACAAGCAGGCGGAGAGGAAUGGUACAGACCGUGACCGUGACGAGGCACAGACACUCUUCACUAACCUGGGGUUCCAAGUGACUGUCCACAACGACCUCACUGUGGAAGAGGUCGAGGAGAAACUCAAGGACCUCGCUCUCGUAGACCACUCGGAAUGCGAUGCGCUGGCCGUGGUGUUCAUGUCGCACGGGGAGGAGGAUGUUCUCUGGGGCCGUGAUGGCACGUUUAACUCCGAUUACCUGUUCGAAAAUUUCAAAGCUGACCAGUGCCCUACCCUCGCCGGAAAGCCGAAGCUCUUCUUCAUCCAGGCAUGCCGUGGUACGACAUUGGACGCGGGCACGAUCCUCCAGCAGGACGAGACUGACUCCUGCUCCCAGUCCUGUUAUAAGAUCCCCAACUCGGCCGACUUCCUGGAGUGCUGGUCCACCAUACCUGGUAUGUGUGUCACUUACUCUUGGCGUAACAACGCCAAAGGCUCGUGGUUCAUUCAGUCGCUGGUGGAAGUGCUGAACCAAGACAGUGAGCACGAGGACUUACUCUCCAUGAUGACCAGCGUGAACCGUAACUUGAUGCUGAACUUCGAGUCCAAUUGCCCAGAUGACCAGGAAAAGCAUAUGAAAAAGCAAGCUGCCUACAUUGUCUCAACCCUGAUGCGAAAGGUGUACUUUACGAAAAAAAUAUCGACUGGUCCCCGAGCAUAGGGAAGGAGGAGGCAGGUCUGACGCUAUGCCCAGGGACGUGAUAGAAGAGGCCCCAGUAGCCAGAGCUGAAGAGGUGCAGGAACAAGAGCUAGGGUAUUGGAGUAGAGAGACGGUUCUUCAUUUCCUUUUUUUUUUUCUUAAUAAGGCCACGUGAUUAUUUCCGCGGGUUUUAGAAGGUUUUAAGAUUUCCUUCGUAUUAUAACUUUUGAGGUUUUCUAAUUGUGUAUAAUUUUAUCUCUUCAAGUUCGUUUUCUUGUAGUUUUGAAGUUACUUUAACUAUUACCGGUCUUGGAAUGUCUUAUGGAAUUUUCAUGCUUUACUAUGAUUAAAUGCAAUUGUGAUUAUCUUUCAUGUUUCAAGAUGUCUCCACAUGCAGUCCCUCACUUUAGAAAGGUAUCAUCAAGAUCAAAAGAAUCCCAAGUUCAGAUUAAGACGUGAUACAUCUGGAUUAAAAUAAAUCACAGUAAAAUAUAGAUGUGACUUGUCGAUAGAUUAUAAUAAUAAAAAUGGAAAUGAAGAUUGGCGGUAUUUCUGUGGAAUAUUAACUUUUAUGAUAAGAAUGGCCUUUGAAGAUUAAAAGGAAAACAGAAAAGAUCCAAAACCAUAAGAGAAUAAAAUCUUAAGGGAAAAGUGCUCUAUGAUGUAGAACUGUCUUCGAGUAAAUUCGUCAGUGCUUCUUUUUAUGCUUACGUUGGCAUGAAUCUAUAUCUCCCAUCGGCUUAAGGACGACACGCACUCCACCUCGGACAUAACCAGGCUAACUGAAGUGUUAUCCCUGAACCUUGGUAUGGUCAUUUCUAUACACUUACACUUUUAGUAUCCAGUUUUGCUUCCCCUCUUCUAGACGCCUCUCACUUUCCAACAUACAAAUUAACGUUCCUGGACGAACUGACCAGGUGGUGGCUACAAAAACUUUCAUACCAAGAGUCGACGGUUCCUAAAAGUAGUUCACUUUACAUCAUACUUCGCUUCAAUAGAAUAGAUAAGUCCUUGCAGGAUAUUUAGCAUUCUUUAGUAGACAUUAGGACAUAAGGGCAUUUCUACAGUAUUGAGUAUAGUACCCUUAGAACUGAACACAACAGGCUGUGUGCCCAAUGUAGUGCCUUACAUGAAAACUGCCUAGUAAACUUUACAGUACAACCUUGCAUAAUUACCGUGUCGUUCAUUGAAGGCACUUGUACAUGGGUGACUUUUUUAUCUGUGAUUUUUGUUGUGAUUAAGAGAUUCAAGUGUCUGUCCUGCAUGUGUAUUAGUAAUAUGAUUUCAUAUAGAAAACUGUGAAUUUCUACUUAAAUUGGAUAUCAUUAUGUUAAUAUUUUGUUACUAUUUAAGUAAGUAAUUUGAGAAUGUCAUGAUAAGAUUUGUACGAAUUGUAUUUUGAAAGACAGAGAAAUUGAUCUUCAAGGGAAACGAAUAAAUUAUGUUAUGAAUUUC